AUGGACGGGGCUGGGCAGGUCGCAGCUGCGGGCGAUCGGGGCGAGAGCUUUGCCUCGCGUCUCUCGACCUUCAUCGUCGGGACACCCGUGCCAGCUCCAGCCACGGGCUCCGGAGUGAAGGCACCGCAAUGGAGGCACCAUUUGUGCAAGGAUGCCCUCGCACCAACCAUGGACGUAGUCUUAAUAUUGUCUUCCGCACCUCCUUCUGACGCCCCCGCUGCACCAUUGAAUCCUCAAGCUGCUGCCCGAGCGCGAAUGCUAGCCAUGCAGGCUGCCAGAAGAGGAUUGCCUCCACCCGCACCUGCGGGAGGCCACUCAGUACUCCGAGAAGGUCAGAUGAAGGCUUCACUAUGGCGAUGUGGAGAUGAAGCUCAGCAGGUUUGGAGCGUGGACCUCACGAUGGCCAAGAUAUGGAAGGCAGGCACGAAGGGCGAAGUCAGGCACGAAAUUCCCGGCAUGACGUGGAGUCCCGAUGGUCGACGAUUUGCCGUUUUGCAUCGUCUCGUCCUCGUCGAUGCUGGGGAUGAAGGCAAAGCGCCUGCGCAGCAUCCUCGUCGCUUCAUCACUGUACACCGUGUCUCUGAUGGUUAUCGCGAGGUCUUGUACGAGCUGCCACCCACCUCGCUUGCCGUCCAACAACCCACAAUGGGGGGUUGCGUUUGGACGAGCUCGACGUUGAAACACAAGGCCUUUUCUGCGGGGUUCCCAAGUCUGCCAAAGCUGACUGCGCCUGUCGAUCCUGCGCUCAGCUCGACUGGACCUGCUGUGAGGCUGAUGCCUCAUCAGCUAGCAGCUGCCAACGCGCGUGCAGCGGCCAACGCUUCGGGUCUCGCCUCAGAGCAACCCAUAUCUGAUGUCCGCGGCAUUGGGCCUGCGCUCCACGCAUUGCCGUACAUCCAUCUCGAAGAGAGCAAGGACCGUCUAGUGAGGAACACGGAAGAGGGCACCUCCACGGCCAUGUAUAAAGCUGCACGCGACAAAGCUGCACAGCGUCGCAAGUGCUUCUCCGACGAGGAAGAUGUCGAUGUCAGCAUGCUUGUCGCGUGGACCAAUGAUCGGUUGGACUUCUUGCUGGAAGGAAGCGCUUAUCUCGGGGCUUUGGAGCUUGCAAGUUCUCCGUCGUCCGCGAUGCACGGGACGCAGCCACAGCAGAUCUUGUCGGCUGCCUUGUCGGCCAAUCUUCAGCACUUGCAUCUGAUCGUGCGAAAGCCUGACGAACUCAAAGAACUCAAAGCCGAGGAGCAAAUCGUCUUGACGCAAUAUCAAUUGCCGCUGCAAAUAGUGACCAGCGGCAGUGCGCCCAUUUUCAGAAAGCUUUCGCCUUUGCUUGGCCCUGCAUGCGUCCUUGCCAAGCUGUCCGCUGAUCUUCAUGCGCUAUCGACGCAAGUCCUGGCACAUUUACACUUCAUUCGCACCACGUACUCGACAAUGCGAACACAUGCAGCGACUUGGCAAUCUCACUGUCGCACAGUGUCAGAGCAAUUUUACUCGCGACCAGACGCACCGACGAGAGCGGGUCUGGAGAGGGACAUGAUGCUCCUUCUCACUACUGGACGCGUCACUGACGCACUGGACCAUCUGCUUGCUGGCAACGAAGGUCUCACCCAAGGUGUCUUGGACAAGAUGAAGGACGAGAUGCUCAGAGCUGCCGACAAAUUAGCAGAAGAUUUUGGCAAGGACGUCAGUCAGGCUGCUGAGCGCAUGCUGGUGACGUAUGAAGAGGUCAAAGGCUGUGUCACCUGGUCAGUGAACCACCUUGUCUUGCGAACGUUUCCUUCCCUGAUUGCUGACAUGAGUCUCUGCGAUCAACGCAAAUCCCGCAGGACGACCCGCUUUGGCGCUCUGCUUUCAGACUCUGCGGCCAUCACUACAGAGAUUGAAGCGAACAUCGCAUUGCUUCAAAUGGCCCUCAAAAGGGGUCUCAAAGCGCAGCGAGAAGCUGAGUGCGAGGGUCUAGCUUGGGAAGAGUUCUUCAAUUGGUGGAACGUUGAGCGAGAUCGGCAAGAUCGACUUCGAUGCGCUGAAGGCGGAGAAGCUGCAAAGCCCCACCACGACGCUUUGACUGUGGCGGAGCUCAUCCGCAGAGGCUUUGUUUCUCCAACACUUGACCAUGCCCUGUACGGUGUGCCAUUGCCGACGCAACCCCAGGACUUUUCUGAUCGUCGGGAGGCCGCACCUGACACAGCUAGUCUUGCAGCUUCACACAGCCCUGAUUCUGCUGUCGAGCUGCUCGCAGCGACGUGCGCGAAGGUUGGAUCCGAGACCUACCAUGCGGGACCUGGUGAUUUACGCUCACGUUUGAAAAGACUGCGCGGACGCCUGAACACAUUCGCCGAAGCGUCGACGACUGGUGGCAUCGCUGAACAUCGUUGCGAUCCACCGAAGCUAUUCGCUGGUUCUUCGACGCACGUGCCGCCAUCGCUGCAGGAUUCGCCCACAAGCGCAAGUCUGACGACGUUGUUCGAGACGGUGCUCAAAAGCUCGUCGAAGCUAUUCUCAGAGGCACUUGAACGUACCAUGAGCUAUUCACAGCCAAUGUCGAGCAGUUUUGCUGGCGAGUCCCUAUUCUCGUCAUCCUCGAUGGGUUCUGCUAGAGAUCACCAUUCGACUCACGCCAGCUCUCAAGCUUCGUGUGGCGCCUUGCUGGUGCGAGAAAUCCUGCUUGAAGGAACGGCGAUGAUGGGCAGGGGCGCACCUGAGUUCCUCCUAGUUGCAAGCUCCCGCCCUGGCGGCGCGGAUGGAAGCUUCUCCGAGCUGCAUGUGACCGCUUCCACCAUCUCCCAAUCCUCACCACUUACAGGCGGACCUGGGUCGUCUCCACGGACUGCUUUCAUCUCAUGUGCUCUUGGCGUUUCAUCAAUCGUCCUCGACUUUGAUUGGUACGGCCAAUUGCUCAUUGCGCUCGUCUCGACUGAAUCUGCACUUGCUAUCAGGCGACAGCUCCUUGUUUGGAGACCGCGAGACGUUUUGCGCGAACUCAACAGCGCGGCUUCUGUCCGCGCAGACGGCUCGCAACAGGUCAAGCCCAUCGCUUCGAUCACGCUAGACGGACCAGACUCUCGCGCUUCGCGCUUAUCGUUGAAUCGAUUCAAGAGCACGGCUGCUAUUUUCAGCGAGCCGGAAUUAGCUGCGACUGGAACGGCAGAAGCCGAUCAGCAGACUCAAGUUUCAUACUGGGAUCUUUCUGGAAUCGACGCUGAGGAUAUCAGCAUGUAG